GUUUAGUUGGUUUUUGGGCCCAAGAGAUUAAAAAAAUGGGUAAAAAUGCCAAAGACAGGAAAUACAGUUCUCUUUUACUCACUUGUCUCUGUUGUCAAAAACACCUUUUUCGAAAACAAGCAAAAAAACUGCAGCAAGAUUUCACAGAUAGAUAGAAAGAAAAGAUUCUUGAGUUCUGGUUGUACUCCAGAACUGAUCCUUAGCUUCUUCUUUAGGCUCUUAGCUCAUGUAUUACUGUAUUAUGGUUUUUCAUGACUCUUUAAUCUCUCUGUAUUCAAACUCUAGCUGAGCUUUUUUAAUGGAGCAUAGCACUUACUUCAACAGCAUCUAGUCUCUCCCUUUUGUCCAGUUGUGUAGCUUCUGCAGUCUCUAAAUGGUUCCCUAAUGUCCUCUGGGUUCAUCUCCUUCAAUCCCAUUUCUUGAUUUCUUCUGACUUCUCAGAAAAUUUGAAUCUUUUCUGAUAAAAUUUUAGCUGGUUACUGAAUCUAGAGGCUCUGCUGCAACUCGUUUUAGCUCAUCUUCCCUUUUGGACUGACUUUGAAUUUCUUUAUUGUGGUAGUACUUCCAUUUCAAUCACCAUUUCAGUCAUGUUGUUUUGAGCCUAAUCAAUAUGUUGAGAAUUUAAAAUCCCUCCCUUUUUUCAGUUUGGUAGUUAAAUAUUUAUAGUUAUUCAGAUCAGUAGUUGGGGCAUAGUUAAAACCAACCUUGUCAUUAUUUAACCCACUUUCUCCAUCUGGGCAUAUCCCAUUAGUUGCCAAGAUUUGAUCUUUUUACUUUAGUUGGUCUUUCUUCAAGGAUCCUCUUCCAACUGAGCUGCUAAUAGCUUUUGCAGUUUGCCAGUCAAACACUCCUUUUUUAGUCCACUACACAAAAGAGCAGUCUUUGAACAGAGAACAAAAAUGGGGUCUCUGUCAAAGGCUUCUGUGGUGUUGCUCUCGCUAGUUUCGUUGAUUUCGCUGGCCCUUUUGGCCAAUGGGAUAGGUGCUAACUGGGGAACACAGUGUUCUCACAGGCUGCCUCCUGAAGUAGUUGUGAGGAUGCUAAGAGCCAAUGGAAUACAGAAGGUGAAGCUUUUUGAUGCAGAGUAUGACACGCUGAAAGCUUUGGGCAAGUCUGGAAUUGAGGUGAUGGUUGGCAUUCCUAAUGACAUGCUUUCAACUAUUGCUGGUAGUAUGAAGGCUGCUGAUAGAUGGGUUUCGCAAAAUGUCUCCACUCAUCUUAACAACAACAAUGUUAACAUCAGGUACGUUGCAGUUGGAAACGAACCUUUUCUGGCAACAUAUAAUGGAACAUUUCUUAAAACAACUUUUCCGGCUCUACAAAAUAUCCAAGCUGCCCUGAUAAAAGCAGGAGUUGCUAAUCAAGUAAAGGUCACAGUUCCCCUGAAUGCUGAUGUAUAUGGAAGUAGCAACAGCUUGCCUUCUGGUGGUGAUUUUCGAGCAGACAUUCAUGAUUAUGUAAUUCAGAUAGUCAAGUUAUUGAGUGAAAAUGGCGCCCCCUUUACUAUCAACAUUUAUCCAUUCAUCAGCCUUUACAUCGACUCAAACUUCCCAGUUGAAUAUGCAUUUUUUGAUGGAAAUUCAUCGCCUUUGAAUGAUGGUGGAACUAGUUACUACAACAUGUUUGAUGCAAAUCAUGACACUCUUGUUUGGGCUUUACAGAAGAAUGGGUUUGCAAAUCUCCCUAUAAUAGUUGGAGAAAUUGGCUGGCCUACUGAUGGAGAUCGGAAUGCUAAUAUAGAUUAUGCCCGACGAUUCAACCAGGGUUUCAUGACUCAUAUAGCAGGUGGAAAAGGGACCCCAAUGAGGCCUGGACCCAUAGAUGCCUAUCUUUUUAGUUUGAUCGAUGAAGAUGCCAAGAGUAUUCAGCCUGGGGCCUUUGAGCGUCACUGGGGUGUAUUUUACUUUGAUGGCACACCAAAAUACAAUCUAAACCUUGGAACUACAAAUUCAGGUUUAGUGCCUGCAACCGGGGUACAGAAAUUGGAACAGAAAUGGUGCAUAUUCAAGCCAAAUGCGAAGCUCGAUGAUCCCCAGGUAGCGCCUACUGUGAGCUAUGCUUGUGCUCUCGGGGAUUGUACAAGUCUUGGGUAUGGAUCGUCCUGUGGAAAUCUGGAUGCUCAAGGGAACAUUUCAUAUGCAUACAACAACUAUUACCAGAUAAACAAUCAGCAUGAUAGUGCCUGCAAGUUCUCAGGCCUUGCAACAGUCACAAGAUCAGAUCCAUCAACAGGAACAUGCAGGUUCAACAUCCAGAUUCAGCCAUAUUAUGGUGGUGCUGCAAAGAGGCUUAUCUCCAUUCAAAAAGGCCUUUGUUUGAUUCUUUGCGUAUUCAUCGUUCUGUGGACAAAUCAGUGAGCUCUAGGGUAGAUGUUGACACUGGUGGAAGGAUAAGCAUUUUGGCAUUCUAAAUGCAGACGUUCACAUUUAUCAGAAGUUGCCUUCUGUACAAUACACAUUAUUUUUGGUUUUUUGCUUUCUUUUGGCUGAUCAAACAUUCUUCAGUUGAGGCGUUGCUAGUAACUGAAGUUUGGAGUUGAAACCACCCUGAUCUGUUUUUGCAGUUAGUCGGGAAGAGGUCUUGCUUAGUGAGGGUAGGCAAGAAGACUUUUGCAUCUUUUACUUUGAUAUGGAUACCUUGCUACUGCAUUUAUCUCAGUGCUUGUAUUUCCUCCCAGUUCUGGCUAAGAUUUUGUUUUGUGUAUCUUGUUUUACUGUAGCUCUAGAUUGUAGCUUCUUAAGGUAGUUUUUUAAAUUCGAAAUGACUGUAAGUUCGUUCUCAUCAUGAGCUGCUAUUUCAGAUCAUGAAAUGAACAUUUGCUGUUUCUUCCUAAUCAAGAUCACAGUCUUACU